UAUAAUAAUUACGUAAAAUCAAAUAUGAACGAAGUUGACGAAGAUGCUAUUUUCCAGGAGCUUCUCCUGAUAGACUCCAAUAAACGCUGCUUUGACUGUGGCCAGAUCUCUCCACAGUGGGCAUCGGUCAAUAAUGGGAUUUUUAUAUGCCUAAAUUGCAGUGGUAUUCAUAGAUCCUACGGUGUCGAUAUAAGCUUCGUUAGAAGCGUGACUAUGGAUUCUUGGAGUCCAAAGCAACUCAAAUGCAUGCAACUCGGAGGAAAUCACAGCCUCAGUGAGUUCCUCUCCAGCUAUGACCUCAUGAGCGAGCCCAUGGAUGUGAGAUAUCAGACAAAAGCUGCAGAGUACUACCGUAAAAAGCUACGGGCUUUUUGAAAUGAGGUGGAGUUUCACGAAGAAAAACCUGACUAUGAAGAAGGUAGACUUCCCAUCGAGUAUAAGGUCAAGUCUCAGGAAGAGCUUAAGAAUUCUAUCGGAGGUGGCCACGGCCCGGAUGGCGAACACCAGCCUAAAGACUUUAUCAACGAGUUUUGGAGCGAAACCAAGAAAGUUGCAAAAUCAGGCUAUGAUUACACCAGCACUGGAGUGAAGAAGAUAGGAACAAAAAUGGAAGAAAGUGGAGUUACUGACAAGGUAAAAAGCGGGGCUAAGACCGUUGGCACCAAGACUGUAGAAUAUGGAGGGAUAGCUUACUCCAAAACCAAAGAAGGUAUCAAUAAGAUAGCAACUAAUGAAAAGGUAAAAGAGUAUAGCUCUAAAGCAUACCAAGGUGCCAAGGAUGUGAGCACUUCAGUUUGGGGAUUUUUCUCGAAAGCAGUCGACCAAAUUAAAAAUUCCAAUGGAAAUGCUGGUGAAGCUAAUGGAGCAGGUGAUGGAAACUUAGGUGGUGAUGCGAAUGUUAUGGAUCAACCAGAUUUAGCUCCCCCUCCUCCUCCACAACCUCCUAUGGAUUCUGUUCCAACAUCUGCUCCUUCUGCUGACUCAUAAAUAAUCGGUUCAAUCUAAUUUUUUUGGAAAG